AUGACCCAAACAAACGGCAUCGCCAACGGCUUCACCGCUAUUGCUGGGACCGAGAAAUGUCUCCCAACCGUCACCCCCGGAGAAACAUUCUGGCAAACCGAGAAAGAUGAGCUUCAUGAUCAUCGAUCGACGGAGCAGAUACCUGAGCACAGCGAUAUCGUUAUCAUUGGUGCUGGGUAUGCUGGCGUGGGUACUGCCUAUCAUCUUGUGAAGGACUAUAAUGCAAAGUCCGUCACCAUCUUAGAGGCACGGGGCGCUUGCUCUGGUGCAACCGGCAGAAAUGGCGGACACUGCAGACCUGAUCUCUAUGGCCAUAUUCCUACCUACAUGGAUCGAGCAGGAGCUCAAGCUGGUGCUGAGGUUGCUCAAUUCGAAAUUGCCAAUCUACGAGCACUGAAGAAAGUCAUCGAGCAGGAGAAAAUUGAUUGUGAUUUUACUUUGACUCGGUCAACCGAUGUUUGGUGUAAUGAGGAGUCCGCAAAGAAAGCAAAGGCUGUUUAUGACCGGAUGGUCGCCGAGAACCUCGAUUACAUGGAUGACGUCGUUUUCUAUACUGGUGACAGAAGUGAAGGGAUCUCCGGUGUCAAGGGUGCAAAGGCAUGUGCAAGCUUUACAGCUGGCACAAUGUGGCCUUAUAAAUUCAUCAUGCAUCUUGUCCGAUUAGUUGUCACAGCUGGCGUCAACCUCCAAACACAUACCCCCGUCACUUCCGUGGAACCAUGCCCGCAAGAACAAGGCGGCUUUACCAUUACCACACCCCGAGGAAAGAUGCACGCAGGAAAGGUUGUUUACGCCAACAACGCCUACGUGUCCGGCAUUCUCCCCCAAUAUAAGAAGAACAUUAUUCCCUGCAAAGGAAUUUGUUGUCGAAUCACCCUUCCUGAAUCCAAGGAAGCGGCACCCUUACUCACUAAUUCAUACAUCAACCGAACCGAUGAAAACGUCCUCUCAUACCUGAUUCCCCGUUCAGACGGCAGUAUCAUUGUUGGCGGUGCCGCGGCUGUCUUCCGGAAUGCCGAGCAUCAGUGGUAUGACAAUGUGGAUGAUAGUGUUCUGAUCGACGCUGCAAAGGACUAUUACAUCGACUACAUGCAGCGAACAUACCAUGGCUGGGAAGGCGCUAAGAUUGAUAAGCUCUGGUCCGGCGUUAUGGGAUACUCAUAUGACUCUAACCCGCAUAUUGGUUCGGUUCCUGGGGAAUCUGAUCAGUACAUUCUUGCUGGGUUCAACGGCCACGGCAUGCCUGUUAUUUGGUUGUCAUCGAAGGAGGUGGCCAAGAUGGUUAUGGAAAAUAUCUCAUUUGAGGAUACUAGUCUUCCUCGGCUGUUCCAAAGUACGCAGUUCCGUAUUGAUCGGGCAUUGAAUGGGAAGGAGGAGGAUGGUGAUAUCCUUGGAACUGGAAAGUCUGCUGCUACGAAGCCAUAA